AUGACUGCUAAACUUUUAAUUAGUAGACGAUUAAUUUCUUCAUCAAAUGUGAAUUCGGAUUCAAAUACAACUUUCGAUGUUAGUAGUCUUUUAAAUCAAAUUAAUUUCAUUCGUAAUAGACAACAUCAAAAAAAAUCAUCAUCAUCACAUCAAUUACCAUCAUCAAUAAUAGCCACAGGGUCAAAGAAAAUAUCAAAAUUCAAAAGAUCAACUCAUCCAACUUCAGUACCCUUAGUCAAAUUACUCUUCACUGCUGGUUUCUUCCCUUUAUCAAUCAAAGAAUCAUUAGAUGAUUAUGCCUUUCGUAAACAACCUUUGAAAUUCCAACAAGAAUUAUUAAAUUUAUUACCCUUCUAUCCUAAUCCUGAUACCAAUGGUAAAACGUCAUCCAUCGUACAAACCGUUAUUGACGACAAAGGGAAUUUCAUCAAUGAGUUUGUCGUAUAUCCACCGGGGAAAUCAGAAGCAGACAGUCAUACUAUGAAUCAUAUCGUGUUAGUUCAUGGAUAUGGAGGUGGUUUAGGAUUCUUUUUAAAGAAUUUCGAUGGACUUUCAAAUUUAGAUAAUUGGUGUGUUCAUGGAAUAGAUUUAUUAGGUUAUGGAUGUUCAUCUCGACCACCUUUCAAAUUAAAAGAAGAAUCCUUAGAUCAUGUUGAAGAUUUCUUUCAUGAAUCAUUCGAAAUAUGGUUAAAUAAACGAGGAUUAUCAAAUUUGGCUCCUAAUGCCAAAUUACUCGUGGUAGGUCAUUCAAUGGGGGCUUAUUUAAUGGCUACAUAUGGAAUCAGAAAUAAUCCCAAUUUUUGUGAUCGUUUAUUAAUGUUAUCCCCAGGAGCAAUCAUCAAACAUCGAAAACCAGUAUCCGUACCUAAAUAUUUUGAAAAAUUAUGGGAACAAAACAUCUCCCCUUUCACAUUAGUACGACAAUUAGGUCCAUUUGGAUCUAAGAUAGUUAGUGGUUGGUCAUCACGUAGAUUUGCCAAUCUUUCUCCAGAAGAAAAUAAAUGCUUACAUCGAUAUGCGUAUGGGAUUUUCCUGAGUCCUGGUUCAGGAGAAUAUAUGUUGAAUUAUUUAUUAGCCCCUGGUGCUAAUGCAAGACAUCCAUUGAUUGAAAGAGGUAUCCAUAAAUUAAAAUGUAAAGUAAGUUGGUGGUAUGGAUCAGAAGAUUGGAUGGAUAUUAAAGGAGGACAAUUAUGUUCGGAAAUUAUUAAUAAUUAUGCCAAAGAUUCUGAAAAGAGUCGAGUGUUUGAAUUUGAAGAUUCAGGUCAUCAUCUUUAUUUGGAAAAUACCGAUAAAUUUCAUACUAAAAUGCUUGAAGAAAUGAAAUCAAUGGAAAGUGAAGUGAAAGAAGAUAAGCAUAUCUGA